AACUUGUUCUCUCGAACGUCACGGAAAUGCUCCAGUCUUGUCAAGGCCAGAUGCCAUGACAGAUGCCACUCCGACAGCUCGAAAUGCGGACCCCACUUCCACCUCCAUCUUCCAGGAGUAUGGCGAGGCGGUCAUUGAGGACAUGCUCGGCUCCUACUUGACGCUCAUACACGACCGCCCGCACAGCCUGUUCCACGUAUCCUCGCUGUGGACAUCAGUACGCCAGAGAUCCAUAUCCUCCGCCCUGCUGUUGAAUUUGUGCGCGCUGGGCUCUCGACUUUCUUCGAAACCACAUAUCCGUGAGAUGGCUGCGACUGUCACUGUGCGGGCAAAGCGCGUGCUGCAAGGUCAAAUCGAGCAAAUCCGUAUCGAGAACGUCCAGGCGUACAUUCUUCUGGCGAACAUAUAUGCCGCCGAGCUGGCACCCCAUCUGGAGACUCUGUACUUUGGAAUCGCCAACCGGAUGGCUCAGAUCCUUGGAUUACACCGGCCAGAUCCCUCACUGGGCCUCAUACAGCGUGAGACAAAUUGCCGGAUCUGGUGGACCUUGGUCAUGGCAGACAACUGGUGCUCUGCUGGCCUAGGCAUCCCGCGGCAACUGACACCCACGGAGCCCACCGACAUGCCCUUGCCCUUUGAUGAAUUCACGUUCCAGCGUCUGGAGCUCGGCGAGCCACCCUUACCAGCGACUGCACUGAAGGAAGGACUGUGGGCUCACAUGAUUCGCCUCGUCGAUCUGCUUGGCCCCAUUCAUCAAUUGAACCGACUCGUGGCUGGGCAUUCCAUCGAUGCAGAGGAAGCAGACCGUAGAGUUGCACACAUCGCUCGUCAACUGGACGACUGGCCUGCCACACUCCCACCCGGUACCACUGAGUCCCACGCCAAUAUGGAGUCACACAAAUCCCGAGACCUUGGCGGGCCAUUCGUUUCACUUCACCUGGGAUAUCACCACUAUUCCACCCUGCUUUACUUCCGUUACCUUGGUACGAGCUCUACUACGUCGACCGUUGCGCAUGCCUAUGCGAGGAGCUGCAGACAGCACGCGUCAUCGUAUAGUCAGCUCCUUCGGAAAUCCAGGGAAACCACAGGCUACGAAGUCAUCUUCCCAACAAUCGCGCAUCUGACUGUGGUCUCGUCCUCCGUGCACCUUCACACUCUGCUCUUCGGGCGCGACGAUGAGCUGAAGCAGGCACGUGCGGACUUGCUGUCCAACUUUGCCGCUUUGAUAGAUAUGAGGAAAUAUUGGCCAUGUCUGGAUCACAUUAUGAAACGACUUCUGCUUUUCCAGGAAGCUUGCCUGCAAAGCGACACUUCAGCCACCCAUCGUGUCGAUCAGUGGAUGGUGAAAUUCCUCACCGAGCACUCGCUGCCCUUGGAAAGAAGAGUCGAGCAAGCUCAGAUCAGUCAGAUCUCGACACCCAGUCAGUGGUCAGACUCGUCGCAGGCGCCGCAUAGUCCUCGGACCCGGGAAUGGAUGGCCAAUCAAGCGUUGUCUACUCUUUGGCAUGUUGAUUGAUCACCUUGCGUCGAGGGUCCUGUGAUCUCACCACGUCCGCU